AUGGGGGCGGUGGCGGGUGACAUCUCAAUUCUCUAUGGCCCUGAGGAGUCUGGAAUGUUCUCCCAGGGGAGUCCCUGUACCCCCCGCCUGAACUUGCAGGUCUGCCAAGGCGACCGGAUCUUCUCAGCCUGCAGGUCACUUCCAGACACAAUGGAUGCUCAUGGCCUGCCCUGUGCCAGCUGGCUGUGCCCCUUGCUGCUGGCACCGGCCAGGUCCACCCUGCUGGCCUGCCCCCAGGGCCUGGACCUGUAUGUGUGUACCCUGCAGUUGGCUUCCUGGGACACAUCUCUGCAGGGGCUCAGAGAGGACACGUUGAGCACAAAGCACCAGCCAUGGAGGCUCCAUGCCAGCUCCCCUGAUGAUGAGAAACUCACAGCCAAGCACCCACCAAGCAGCCACCAGAUGGGAAGCCGUCCGGGAAAAGCUGGCCUGGGGGCCCCCUGCCCAUCCCUCCCUCCUCGCUACAGCUCGUCUCCAGCCCCCCGGCAGGAGAGAAAGAGCUCUAGCCCCACUCCUGCCCCCAUGUCCAAGGAGCUCCCAUUCCGCCUCCAUCCCUUCUACCCUGGGCACCCACUGCUCCUGCCUCCACCUUGCCUGCUCCCCUGUAGGGCCCAGCCUUCCACCCAGUGCCCCUACCUCUUCUUGUGGCCUCAAGUCACCUCCUGCAUCCCCACAGUAGUGCCCAGCUCGCUCGUGACGGCCGAAGAGCCCGGAUGCCACAACGCCCAGGGGAGAGCCCUGUCUUCUUGCCCAGGGACUUUUCAAGCCUCUGGCCAUGCUUUACCCUCCCAGUCCCUAAAUCCAGGCCCCACAUCAUCCACCCCGACCUGCUGCCCAGGGCUGGAGCAUGCUGGCAUGGCGGCGCCAGCUACCCAGGCCUCACUGGGCUCCCGGGCAGGCGCCGCAGCCCUGCCUUACCCGCUGAAGAAAGAGAAUGGCAAGAUCCUGUAUGAGUGCAACGUGUGCAGCAAGAGCUUUGGGCAGCUCUCCAACCUCAAGGUUCAUCUGCGAGUGCACAGCGGGGAGCGUCCGUUCCGGUGCACCCUGUGCCAGAAGAGCUUCACCCAGCUUGCUCACCUGCAGAAACACCACCUGGUGCACACUGGGGAGCGGCCGCACCAGUGUCCGGUGUGCCCCAAGCGCUUCAGCAGCUCCAGCAACCUCAAGACGCACCUGCGCCUGCACUCGGGGGCCCAGCCCUCCCAGCGCCUGUGUCGCUGCAGCUGGCACGUCUGCCUGCAGCUGCGCCAUCCGCUGCAGGCCCCGCGGCCCCGUGACCCCGCACACCCCCAGCUGCCCCCGGCCUCCGUCACCGGCCUUGCCCAAUGGCGCCAUGGGUCUCCAGGUCUUGUGGCAGCGCCGUCAGAGAAGCAGAUGGGCUGGGACGUGGACAAGGUGUCCUCGGUGUCCUCGGCGUCUCUAAGGAAGCAAACAUAGUCGGCCUGAGCGGUGGUGCCAGGGCAGCCCUGGGAGGGGGCAGGGCAGAGCAAUUAGAGGAUUUUCUCCAUGACCAAAUGGACUGCUUGAGCUUCAACAAGGGGGUGUGGGGGACCGCUGUGCGUCUUCCUGACUUCAUACCCGCCUGGGGACAGGUCAGGGGGCGCAGCUGGGAAGAGCUUGGCUGGGCUGCCCCCGGGGGUGAGGUGGGGGCCUGCAGCCAUCUCCCUCAGGCAGGGUUUGGAUUCUGCUCCCUGCCUGUGACCUACCUGGGACCGGGCCCUCUGUCUCGGCUCACUGACCAGCAAUCCAGCUCCCCCAGGAUGCUGCAAGGGACAGCGCCUGCACGACGCACGCUUUUCUAACACCUGUCCUGAUGUUGCUCUGCUGUUCGGUGCCACUUUCUGGUCUCACAGUUCCUAGGCGGCCAGCAUGGCCCUCCAGCUGGCAGCCCCUGCCAUGGUCAGGUGGGGGUGCCAAGGAAGGAGACACGAGAUACCAGUGUCCACUCACGACCGGAAGCAUGAUGUCCCCCGGGUGUCAAGAGCAGUCAGCACGGAGGGUGCAGAGGCCGGGGCAGGGCUUGGCAGGGAGCCUGGGGAGCCGGGCCCUUCCCACUGCCUUUCUCCCUGAAGUCCCAGGGGGGCCCCUCCAGUGCUAGCUGUUUCCCACCGUGACGUGUAAGUCAGACAGGCAGCGUGGCGGGGAGGCAGGAGGCCCAUGCUAUAACCACAAUAAACGACCGCUAUUAUUCCACAAGGCUGUUUUCAGACAGAGCGCGGGGGUCUCUGGCUGACUUCCGGCAGGUGGCGCCGUUCGCGUCCGGGGACUGAGUGGCUCCCGCCCCCGGCGCUGAGCCAGAGUCCG